AUGGAAAAACUUAGGUCAAAGAAUGGAGUUAUAAUGACAGAUACACUGGCAGGAUACGAAAUUGUCCGUCAGGGCAUCUUUGAUUAUGGUGAUUACAUGGAAGAUUCAACAGACGCAGAUCGAGCACAAUUACCACCAAGAAAUUUACUUCUUCACAUUGGUCUUCCUGGUGUAACAGAUUAUAAGACAAUUGAUUUAAGCGUUUUACCAAAAAAGGCACACAUUAAAGCAGGAAUUCACAAUUUUGAUAUUCCUUUACCAUUCGAAGUACUUUUAGAUGACAUGAAUGCAAAAUGGAAGGCUCCAAUCCUUACAGUUCAAUUAAAAGUUAAACCUCCACCAGUUAAAAAAUAUACUAAAGAAGAUGUUGCAAAGUUUGCAGGUUUUGAGGUUCUUUCUGAAGAGCAAAUACCAGAACUCCCAGAGACAGAAGUAAUUGUCCAAAAUGGUCAAAUGUCAGUCACAAAGAAAGAAGGUGAAAAUCCACCAAAACCAGCUCAGUUCUACAUGAGUGUUGAUGAAGCAGUUGUUACAGUUGUCCUUUACUUUGCUCGCGCUGUGGAAGAUUCAAUUAAAAUCGAAGGAAAUCAUAUUUCAGUUAGUAACGAAUCGGGACAAUUAUAUGAAGUUGAUAUCAAUCCACCAUUCCCACUUAAGACUUUACCACAUAUAACUAUUACUCCAAUUCAAGUUAGAUUAAUGUAUACAGAAAAUCUUAAUGAUAAACCUGAAACAGAGGAAAAGGAACCAACAGAAGAAGUCAAGAGAUUGACUGAUAUGAAAUCAGAUCCUACAUAUGAGCUUCAGAACGCUUUCAUCUGGGAAUUAGAGCCUUAA